UACGGGAACAACAGUACCAGGUGUCACAACAACAAGCCCUGAAACAACUACAUCUGCUCAAACAACACAAAUUAUUGGGACAACAACAGAAAUUCCAGAAACAACAGUUGUUGUAGUCACAGAAUCAAAACAAACAUCAACUGUUGUUACACAACCUAGUAUUUUGAACACAACAUCUAUUGUGUCCUCAACUGUCACUUCAGGAGCGACAAUUAAGGGUACAACUUCCAUUGGCCCAAUAACACAGACACUUCCAGGCAGCAUAACUGUGUACACUACCAGACCAGCCAUAUCCACAGUUGUAUCUACACCACCUCUAUUAACCACAACUCCAACAUUGUGUUCCUGCAUUUUCAAUGGGACUGCACAUUAUUCUGGGGACCUUGUGUACAAUAGGACUGAUGGCUUAGGCUGGUGUUACAUUGCAUAUUGCAGUGCAUCUUGUAAAAUUGAGACAGAAUCCAGACCAUGUCCCACAACACCGAUACCCAGCACAACCGCACGUUCCACCACUACAGAGGCCUCAGUGUCUUCCUCUCCAUCAACAACCCCAUCUACAACUACCACUGACUGCAGUGAUAUGAAUUCAACAAGAAAGGAUGGAGAGUCCUGGAAGGUCAGCAACUGCACCACAGCUACUUGCACCAAAGGCAAGAUCACAACGACACCCACUGUCUGUCCCGAUGUACAAGAACUCAUCUGUGUAAAUGGACGCAAACUCGUCAAAGUCUAUGACGACGACGACGAAUGCUGCUUUCACUAUGAAUGUGAAUGUGUGUGCAAUGUCUGGUCUGAAUACCACUACCUGACUUUCGAUGCAAAGUCUUACAAGUUCAAGGAGAACUGCUCUUACUACCUGGUCAAAGAGAUUAUUACUAAAUAUAACCUGACUAUAAUAGUAAAUAACCAUGACUGUGAUGCUUCGAACAGCACAUUCUGUCCCCAGGCUCUCAUUGUAACAUACGGAUCCUACACGGUAGUUUUGACUCAGUUGGAGACUUCAGGAACAGCAUCUAAUGUGGUGUAUGUGAAUCAGAAACGGAUCUAUCCGGCCUACCAAAAUUCUGUUCUACGAGUCACAAGCACAGAUAUGGUGAUCACAUUGGAGAUACCUGAGAUCAACACAAAAGUGCUCUAUAGGGACUCGGCAAUCAUUAUUGACCUUCCUAUGUCUUUCUUUGGUGGAAACACUGAAGGACAGUGUGGGACCUGUGACAACAACCCGGACAACGACUGCCGUUCUCCAAACGGCCAGGUGGAAAGCUGCUCAGACUCUGCAGGCCAGUGGAAUGUCCCGGGUCGGCCCUGUGUGACCCCCACAACGCCUUCAGCUACGACCACUUCAAACCCACCUCCCUCAACAACACCGUCACCUUGCAAACCUGCCAUUUGUGAUGUCCUAACCAGCAGUGUUUUUGCACCUUGCAAUGGAGUCAUACACCCCGGUCCAUUUGUGGUAUCCUGUAGGGAUGAUAUUUGCAACAGCAAUGUCAUUGACUGCACCAGCCUGCAGGCCUAUGCCACUCAAUGCUCUGAGGCAGGAGUCUGUAUAGACUGGAGGAAUGCAACCAAUGGGCAGUGUGAGUUCAAGUGUCCAAGUAACAAGGUGUACAUGGCCUGUGGCGCCCUUGUAGAGCCUACAUGCAAUGACAGAUACAACCAAAAGUUCCAGGCAGACAGCCAGGCAUCCUCUAACAACACUAUGGAGGGUUGUUUCUGUCCUAAUGGCACCAUCUUAUUCAACACAGUCCAUGACACAUGUGUUCCCUCCUGCGGUUGUGUUGGACCUGAUGGAGAACCCAAACAGCCUGGUGACACAUGGACAAGUGGCUGCAACACCUGUGUUUGUGACAUCGAUUCCAUGAGCAUCCAGUGUGAGCCUGAUCAAUGCCCAACAAAACAGAGCCCCAACUGCAGCAAACCUGGCCAGCAGCUGGUCAACAAAACAGAUGACUGCUGCACAACACAGUCUUGUGAGUGCAACGUAAACCUGUGUCCCCCUCCUCACACCUGCCCGCUGGGGUUCCAACUCAACGUCAUGAACGGCACCUGCUGCCAAUACUACGAGUGUGUUCCUAAAGUCGUUUGUGUCUACAACAUGACCGAGUACAAGCCUGGUUCCAAGAUACCAACACCAACAACACAAACCCCAUCAGAACCACCAACAGAAGUACCAGCAAUACCAGAACAACCGUCAGGGGCCACAACAGCAGCAUCAGGAGCGGGAGGAACAACAUCGGGACCUUUAACAGAGGAGUCCCCAUCAGAACCACCAAUAGAAGUACCAGCAAUACCAGAACAACCGUCAGGGGCCACAACAGCAGCAUCAGGAGCGGGAGGAACAACAUCGGGACCUUUAACAGAGGAGUCUUUCAAUCCCAAAGCCUGCCAGAAUUGUUACUGUGGCUCACAAAUGAAUCCCACCACCAAGCUAAACAUCAUUACUUGCAAACCUAUUGUCUGCAACACAGACUGCCCUAAAGGUUAUGAAUAUCAGACUACAGCUGAUAAGUGCUGUGGUACGUGUGUUCAGAAGAGCUGUAUUUUCACCACACCUGAAAACACAACGUACAUCUUUGAGGUCAACAACACAUUUGUACCACCUAAUGACAAGUGUGUGCAAUAUGAAUGUGAGAACAUCAACGGACAGCUUAUUAUUAAGAAGACCAAGACCAUAUGUCCUCACUUUAACCCCUUGGACUGUGAACCUGGUACCGAGACAACAGACGCUAAAGGAUGCUGCACAACCUGCUCGCCGCAGAACAUCUGUGAGGUCCAGAGUAAGCAGACCGUCAUCGAAGUCAACGACUGCAAGAGCACGCAGCAGGUCACCAUGACGUCCUGUGCUGGACACUGUGGAAGCUCCUCCAUAUAUUCUGCAGCAGCUAACACGAUGAUGCACCAGUGUGAGUGUUGCCAAGAGGCCACCAUCAGUUCGAAGCAGGUGGAGCUGACCUGCGCCAACGGCUCCAAGGUCCAGCACAUCUACACGGUGGUGGAGACGUGCCAGUGCAGCAAGGCAGAGUGUGUGUCGGGGACAACGUCCAAACCACAGCGCCGCAGGAGACGCUGAUCCUACUGGACUGAAACCUUGCAAACAUUAUGCAAGACUUAACUUUCCUAUUCUUGUCAGGUUUCAGUAUUCAUAGCUCAACUUGUUACUCUUUCUUCAUUUUAGGACUUCAUGGAUAAUCCUUAAUAAAAUUAUAUUUCUGCAAUAUGA